GACUGUUACCUUGAGCACAGGCACCUCGGUGGCAAGAGCAUCGGAGCACUCUGAAUGUUGGUCCCUUUUGCUGGCCUGGGUCACCGUCAAGGACAUCUGUUUUCAGCUUCUUCUGCAGCCUGAACUUCUCCUGAAGCCCUUAGGAAUACCAGAAGAGAAGCUUCCCACCUGCAGCAAGUCACAAAAUGGCUCGGCCCGGGGGCUGCGAGUGUGACGCAGGCAUCCGCACGGACCCGGCGCUCAACUCCUGCCUGGGAAUUCCUGACAUGCCGCACGAUGGAAACGACCACUGCACUGGUCUCCCUAUGGAAGCGGCUGUUUAUACGUGGCAGUGAGACCCCAUGGAGCAGUUGAGGAGGGGGAUGGCUCUUCGUAUUCAUGAAGCCUGGAUACUGCUGUUUCUAAUCCCUGCUUUGGUCACUCCAGCUGCCCUCAACCAUGAAGACUACCCUGCAGAUGAGGGGGACCAGACCUCGAGCAAUGACAAUCUGAUUUUUGAUGACUAUCGAGGGAAGGGCUGCGUGGAUGACAGUGGCUUUGUGUACAAGCUGGGAGAGCGCUUCUUCCCGGGACACUCCAACUGCCCCUGUGUCUGUACUGAGGACGGGCCCGUUUGCGACCAGCCGGAGUGCCCCAAAAUCCACCCCAAGUGUACAAAAGUGGAACACAACGGAUGCUGUCCGGAAUGCAAGGAAGUGAGAAACUUUUGUGAAUAUCACGGGAAAAAUUACAAAAUCUUGGAGGAAUUUAAGCCCUCGCCAUGCGAAUGGUGUCGCUGUGAGCCCAGCAAUGAAGUUCACUGUGUUGUAGCAGACUGCGCAGUUCCCGAAUGUGUCAACCCAGUCUAUGAACCAGAACAGUGUUGUCCUGUCUGCAAAAAUGGUCCCAACUGCUUCGCGGGCACCACCAUCAUCCCCGCCGGCAUCGAGGUGAAGGUGGACGACUGCAACAUCUGCCACUGCCACAACGGGGACUGGUGGAAGCCGGCGCAGUGCUCCAAGCGCGAGUGCCAGGGCAAGCAGGCCCUGUAGCGCCCGCGGCUCCAGGCGCCGGCCGAGCCCCGGAGCCGCCGCCUGCCCGCACGGGAAGGGCUCCUCGCUGCCCCGCGCUCGCCUCUCGCUUCACCUCCUGUGUGUACGGGCUCGCGGGAGCUACCCUGCUUUUUAAUUGCCAGGCUGGACUGGGGUGCGGUGGUCACGUCUUUUGGAGCUGGCGUGGGAGGGAAGGACGGAAAGAAGAACAAGACAACCCUGUGUAAGCUCCGGUGACGCUCCCAGGACUUCACUCUCUCACGCUGGGCAAUGGGGACUGCACUUGGCAGGUUUUAUUUAUUUCAUCUUUUUCGCUGUCGUGAUUUUUUUUUUCGUCAUCUGGGGCAAUACAGGUUUGAGUGAAGCAAUUAAUUAUUUUGUUUACAGUGUCUGUGGAGGCUAAAAACCAAGAGCAGGAGGGAGGGCCACAAAGGACCGGGGGAUGUAUAAAUGGAGAGGGGAGCAGGGAUUGCAGCUGGAAGGCAGUACGUGGGAUGUGCAGGUACCCGGGUGUGUGGCGAGGCGCGAGCGCUGUCCAGAUGGCACCUCCCCACUGAGUGGGGACAACAGAGUCGAUGCCACCUCCGGCCUCACAGUCCCUCUGGUGAACAAGGCCAGGCCCUGUGAGGCAGCGGCCAGGACCCUGUCAAGGCAAUUUAUUUGAAGGGCAUCCCCUGGAGAACAACUUCUUAUCCUAAAUGCUGCAGUCCUUCUCCCUCGUGGGGGAAGCGGUUUUGCCGGCUUUCCUUGCGACUUGGUUCGUCUCGCUGCAGGAUGCCCCUCGGGUGCAAGUGGUGAGGCUGAGGUAAGUAGGUCCCUGUUGACUUCAGCGACAGCAGGACUUGGCCACCGCACAUUACAACAAAGCCCAAAGCCACCGCAGCGCCUCAAGAGGAUUCCAUACCCACCCCUGGAGCACGGAAAUGGUAUCACAAAAUGAACCGGGAGGUCCCGGCCAGGCCCAGCCUUGUGCUCGUGCCCAGGAGCCGGUGAUUCCCCGGGGUGCUCUGGGGCUGCCCCUCCACCAGCAGUCACUUCCAGCACGGCGGGGAAGUCGCUGGCCCUGCAGAAGCUGGUGGGCUGCAAGGCAGCGCGGCUGCUUCCCGCAGGGUGCCCGAGCGCGGCCGGCUCCGGACGCCUGCCACGCAGGCCCCACCGUACACCCACUCCGUGGGAGGAGCCGGAGCCGGCUCCUUCCCUGCUUUCCCAUGCUCUCAGCAGGGUGACCCACAGGGAUUAUUCUGCUCAGACCUCGGUCUAACACUCACCCUCACUGGCGACAGCAGCGAGGUCCCCUAGCAGCGCCCUGCAGCGAAGCAAUGCCGCACCGGUGUCAACGCAGUCUCCACUUUUGCACACUGUUGCCUUUAAUAUUCUUAUUUCUUCUGCAUUUUUCAUAUUCCCAGAUUCUCCACCGCAGUAGGUUUCUUUCUGCCAAGAUUUUUGUCUCCUGCACUUCUACCAUUCAGUCGGUCAUCAUUGCGUUUAUCUGAGAGCCGUUGCCUGUCAAUGACGAUCCAGUUUCAAAUCUCUAAACAAUAGUGUGCCUGAAACUA